AUGGUAUACCAAGAUCACCUUACAAAAUUUGUGCAACUCAGAGCAUUAAAAACGAAGCGUGCUGAGGAAGUUGGAUAUCAUUUGUUAGACAUAUUUACUAUAUUUGGAGCGCCUUGUAUUUUGCAUAAUGACAAUGGGCGUGAAUUCGUGAAUAAUGUAAUUACUGAGGUGUGUAAAAUUUGGGAUGAACCUAAAAUUGUUCAUGGAAAGCCGCGACACAGCCAGUCUCAAGGAUCUGUCGAGAGAGCAAAUCAAGACAUUGAAAAAAUUUUAGCUACUUGGUUGGAAACCAACAAAACAACACAUUGGUCAGAAGGUCUAAGAUUCAUACAGUUUAUGAAAAACAAAGCUUUCCAUUUAGGAAUAAAUACGAGUCCUUAUGAAGCUAUGUUUGGUUGUAAACCAAAAAUUGGGUUAAAAACUUUUCUGCCCGCUGUUGAUAUUUCACAUAUUACAAGCGAAGAAGAUUUAGAAAGACUUCAAGACCCUCAACAUGCUGAUACUGACGACUGUAACUCCUUGGAUCAUACUACGGACGUGCACUCAGUUGAUAUCCAUUCUCAACAAAUUGAACCUACUUCGAAUAUUUAUCCGGUUGAUGCCCAUUCUGUGCAAAUUGAACCUGAAUUGCAGAGUGAGCUUGAAAUUAACUCAAUACAGGAAAAUCCCAAAGAAAUUCCUGUUGACAAUCCAAAUAAGGAAGAAACGAUUAUCAAUUCGGAAAACCAAAAUAUAGAUAAAGAGCUUGUCUCAAUCAUCGUCACUACUUCCACUAAAAUUCAAGAUGUUCGAGAUUCUGCGAGAGUCUCUCUAAAAGCAAGCUGA